AUGCCUUCAACUUGCGCCAAAAUCAACACCCCCAACGCUGCCGAUGAGUCAGGUGACGCCACCACCAUCUCUGCUGUCCAUCCCGAUGUAAUUCAAACACACAUCCUCACCCGCCUCGACGGCCCAGCACUCGCCUCUGUUGCCAGCGCGUGCUCUGAGUUCCACGCCCUCUCAGCGCUCGACCAUCUCUGGGCUAACAUUUGCCAUUACACGUGGCCCUCCACCAAGGCGCCACGCGUUAGCCACAUCAUAGCCACCUUCCCAGGCGCUUCUCACUCUUUUUUUUCUGACUCUUUUCCUGUGGCCCUUGCAGCAGCUCAUGGCUCGUGUACCGAUGGUGCUGCGCCGGAACUUAUCUCUGCUGUGGACCUCUUCCAUCGGCAAGAGUUGGUGCUGUCAAGGAUGGUGGAGACGGAGACUGAGUCUGGAUGGUUCCGGUGCUCGCCCUUCAGGGUGGACCUGUUGGAACCGAAGGAGGCAGUUCCAUCGGUGAUGAAGUAUCCUAGGAGUGAGGAAGCGUGUGACGGUCUUGGAGAGAAACUGACACUGAGUUGGAUAGUGAUUGAUCCGAAAGGAAAACGUGCCAUGAACGUAUCCAGUGGAAAGCCUGUGUCGGUGCGGCGGCAUUGGCUGAGUGGAGAGGUGCAGAUGCGGUUUGCAUCGCUGAUUGACGGUGGAGAGAAAGGGUCAGCAACCGAGGGGGUGCUUUGCAGCAUGACAGUGACAUGUGGAGGUGAAAUGCAAGUGAGGGAAGUGUGUUUGCAUAUGGAGGAUAUGGAUGGAAUGCAAUUGAAUGGAAGGGAUAGUUUGAAAAUUUUACAGAGGGCGUUGGAGGGUAAAAGAGGAAAAUUGAAGAAUGAAAAAGCAGGGAGGCACAGAUAUGGGGAAUUCAUAAAUCGAAAGGAAGAGAGGAAGGAGAAGAAAGUAAAGGCUGAAAGAAGGUUGGAUAUGUUUUGCGUGGCCUUCCUGGUGUUGUCGUUUGCGGCUCUUUCCGUUCUCUUUCUCUUCUGA